UAGUUCUUUUUUGUAUCACACAAUAUAAACAUAGAAGAGAAAUUAUAUAUUUUUUCCAUAAAUUUUAUCAUCCGAUUCCAUAAAAGAUUCGAAGCGUAUUAUUUUCAUGAAUGAGUUGAUGUGCCAUUGGGAUUUGUGAUGGGGAAAUAUUCUACAUUCAAAGUAAAGAAAAGUUUAUCAUUUCGUUUUCUUGAGUGAAAAAACAAUAAAAUUAUGAAUAAUAUAGAGAUUCUCUGUAAAUGUGUGGAAUAUAAUGACCUCGAAAAUGUGCAAAAGCUCUUAGAUCAAGGUGCAAAUCCCACACAAACAGCACUUUGUGGCCGAACCGCAAUUGGAAUCGCAUGUUUGAACAAACAUGUUGAAGCAUUGGAUAUUCUAUUGAAGGCCUGUGUAAACUAUCAACCAUCGCGUUUUGAUUAUAAUACUGGCGAGAGCGAAGCAAAAAAGUGGAAACGACACGAUAUAGAUGGUGAACAUACACCAGAAGGUAUGGAUGAUUUGCAGUGGGAAGAUGAAAUCGAAGAACCAAUGAUUGGCACGGCCAAAGUAGAUACGGUUGAUGAUGAAUGGUCGGUUCUAUAUCGGUAUUACGCACGAAUCAUUGAAACGACUGGGGAUUUAUUGGCAAAUGCAAUAAGUAUGCGUGAUCCACAUUGUUUAGAUGCUUAUCAAGAGUCUCCGCUUCAUUGUGCCGCAUCCGUUGGCAGCUAUGAUUCUGUGAAAUUGUUGCUCAAGCAUAAAGCACCGAUUAAUGUGACCACAAGCACAGGAUAUACGCCGUUACAUUUAGCCAUUGAACAACCACAAAUCGUUGACUUACUAUUACAAUACGAUGCCAAUCCGAAUAAGUUAACAUAUGUCGAUCAAAUGGCACCCAUACAUCUCGCCACAAAAUUUGAAGCGUUGGAAACGAUUCAAUUAUUGAAAGCAUCUAGAGCCCAGGUGAACAUAACGACAGCACGAGGACAAACGGCACUUCAUCUAGCAACUGUGUACGAAAAAUACGAAUCGGCCGUGAUAUUGAUUCAAUGCGGUGCAAAUGUUAAUGUUCAAGAUGAAGAAGGCGUUACGCCGUUAUUCACAGCGAUUGUUGUGAAUGACUAUCGAAUGGCAAAAAUGCUAUUGAAAAAUGGUGCACGAUUACUUCCAAGUCAACAUUUACUUAGUUUUACAAUAAGAAAUCAAAUGAGAGAGAUGACCCAUUUGCUCAUACAGGCCGGUGAAAAUGUGAAUGGUCGCGACCAAAUCGGAUGGACACCGUUGUUAUUGGCCAUUCAUAAACGUGAUAUUACAACAUUGGAAUACUUAAUUGCACAUGGUGCCCGAAUCAAUGAGAAUGCCUACGUUCUCAAGGAAUUGCAUGUGGCUGUACAACAAUCGGAAUCGACAGAUUCGUUUAGGAAAAUUUUCCGAAUAUUGAUACGACAUGGCGUUGAAAUUGAUAGUUUAAAUAAAUGGGGUGAGACUCCAUUGUGUUUGGCAAUGUUAAUGGAAAAAUAUAAAAUUGCCGAGUACCUAAUACACGAGGGAGCCAAUGUAAAUGCAGGAAAUUUCAUUAAAGCCAGAGAUUGUAUGCUACUUGUACGAGAAUGCAAUAAUAUUAAUCUGAUUAAACUUUUUGUGAAUUCCGGACUGAAACUCAUUUGGUCUGAGCUAAUAAAUAUUGUAGGCAAUCCAAAUUCAUACACACCAGAACUACACACAUCACACCAACGACGCAGAAACAAUGCUGAAAUGGAAGACUCAUCAGAAGAAAGCUGUGAAACAUACCUCAUGCGAGUGCUAACAACUCCAUUAUCAUUGAAACAACUCGCUCGAAUUGUCAUACGGAACCGAAUCAUUGAGAAUAUGAAGCAUCAUCAAUUCAUUAGAAACUUUGUUCUAUCCGAUAGAAGAUAUCAAUUAAAUAAUAGUGCCCUUGAAUCAAAUACACAAGCAUUAUCAGCAACAGAGACUACAAACAUGAAUACAACGAUCACAUCAACGGAGAAUCGACGAACACAACAACAGACACAUUCAAUUUUAGAAUGCCUUAUAUGGCAACUGGAUUUGCCGAGAAUUUUACACUUUUAUCUAUAUGCGUUCCCCGAUUUACCACCAUUGCCCGAGGAUUUUGCCGUCUUUGUAAACGAUUGAAAGAUUUGAAAAUAUUCAUUUUAAGAACAUCUUACGGGCAUCACACAAUUUUAUGUACGACCCAUGUUUUACUCACAUAUUUUAACAAUCUAAUGUUCAAGUGUAAAGUAAAAUAUAAUUCACAAAUAAAAUGAAAUUGAACACGUUUUUGACGAAUUCUGCAAUUAAUGCAGAGAAAAAUA